CCCUCCGCCUCCGCCGCCCUCGCCGCCCUCGCCGCCGCCGCCGCCCUCGAGCCUCUCACGACCGCUGUACAGAUCCGCCGCCCGACCCCGCAAACCAGCGCAGCAAGUCCGAUCACGCAUAUGCCCAAGUGCGGGAAAGCAUCCAUGACGCCAUCGUUUGGAAAACAACGGCCUAUACAGCGCAAGGUAGUGGUGUGCGGAGACGGCGCGUGCGGUAAGACGUCGCUGCUGAACGUCUUCACGCGGGGCUGGUUCUCCACUGUGUAUGAACCGACGGUAUUCGAGAACUAUGUGCACGACAUCUACGUGGAUGACCAGCUCGUCGAGCUCAGCCUCUGGGACACCGCCGGCCAGGAAGAGUUCGACCGCUUGCGCUCGCUAAGUUAUGCGGAAACGCAUGUCAUCAUGCUCUGUUUCUCGGCAGACAACCCGACGUCGUUGGAGAACGUGGAAAGCAAGUGGGUUCCGGAGAUCCUCGAGUACUGCCCAGGCGUCAAGCUGGUCCUAGUCGCGCUCAAGUGCGACCUCCGAGAAGACCAGGAGGCGCAGACACGGCUACAGCGCUAUGGCAUGCACACCGUGCAGUACGAGGAGGGCCUCACCGUCGCCCGUCGUAUACGUGCUUCCCGCUACCUCGAAUGCAGCGCGAAGCACAAUCGCGGGGUGAACGAGGUGUUCUACGAGUCCGCGCGGGUAUCGCUCAGCACGCGCCCGAAAGGCGCAGGCACAUACGCGGGCGGGCGCGGGGGCUGCAUCAUCGCCUAGCACCGACGCCUCCCACCUUCCUCGAGUGUCGGCUCCGACGUUUCCUCUUUCUUCUGGGCGACUGCGUCAUCUGGAUUGGUAUAUAUGCCGUUUCUCUCCUUCCCGCCCGCAACGCUACGCUAUGCGUCUGGCUGUACCUACACUCCGCUACGUUACGCUAAUCCCCGUUAGUACGCCCGUCCUAUGACUGACAGUGUCCUUGUGCUUGUAGCCCCUCGUACACGAUUGAUGGUAUCCUGAUUUGCGUUCCACGUC